AUGGCUCCAGACACCACCACUGUCAGCAAGCCAAACUCAAGUCCGACAUCCUCAACGGCCAUUGUCCAGGCCCACGAUGUAACAGCCUCUAUCCGGGCCGUCCCCACGGCGACAACCCGCAGUCCGUCCUACACCCGCGCCUUGCUCUUCAACCUGGCCUCCUUCAUCCUCCCCGCCCUCUACAGCACCCUCUCCAAGCUGUGGGUGGCCCGCAUCGACGCCUCCCUCGUCGCCACCACCGACGUCUACACCUAUAUGGGUGUCGUCGUCGAGGUCGUCAACGAGGGCCUGCCCCGCGCCGCCUGGGUCGUCAUUGGCGAUGCCGCUUCGCGCAGCCUGGCUCGCCGCCUGGCCCUCGCGCACACCCUGUUCCUCACACAGGCCCUGCUCGGCCUCGUCCUAAGCGUCGCCUUCGCCUCCGGCGCCGCGACCUUUGCCGCGUCCUUCGUGCCGGGACAGGCGCGCCACGUGAGCGUCCUGUAUGUGCAGCUCACCGCGUUCACCGCGUUGAGCAGCACCGUCGAGGCGGCAGUGUCCGCCGCUACCAGGGCGCUGGACCGGCCCGACGUCCCCUUCGUCAUCAGCAGCGCCAAGUUCGCCGUCAACAUUAUCCUGGAUCUCUUGAUCGUCUCGCCGUUCCACGUGGGCAGCCACACGCCCUCAGUGCUCCAUCAGGCCGCCAUCCUGCUUACUUGCAACCUCGUAUCCGCCUCGGUCGGCGUCGUGUACUUUCUCUGGCGCAACUCUAGGGUCGCCCUCUACACGCUUCAUAGCCAUAGCCGUGAGUCUACCCGUCCCAGCCUUCGCCUCUUGCUUGUACUCGCCCGCCCAGGCCUCUUCACCUUUGCCGAGUCCGCGAUUAGAAAUGUUCUGUACCUCUGGCUCGUCGCCAACAUUGUUUCCAUGGGCUCCACGUACGCAACUGCCUGGGGAGUGUUUAAUACGAUCCGCUGGGGCUUGAUCAUGGUCCCUGUCCAAGCUCUGGAGCAAACGUCCCUCACAUUCACCGGUCAUAUAUGGGGAGCCUUCAGAAGCAACAUUGGGACGUCAACUUUGCGGCCCGUUGUGGGACUCCGCACGAUCCUGUCUAUAAUGCGACCAGCUGCGACUUCUUUCCUAUUGGCCCUAGUUUUCGAGGUCCCCAUGUGCUUGUUCCUGUCCUUCUUCGGCGCUCGACCCUUUGCCCGUUAUCUAUCUGGCUCAGACGACGUCGCCGACGUCACAGCCAUGAUGUGGCGUACUAUAGACUGGUGCUACAUCUUCUAUGCCAUGUCAACCCAGAUGGCCACCAUUUUACUGGCAACGAGACCACGCUGGUAUCUAUGGCAAAGUCUGAGCUUCCUGCAGGCGACCAGCGCAGGGCCGCGCACCAUUACAGUGUAG